AUGUCUGUCGAAGAAUUAAAGGCCACCGUCGCCAAGUUGCAAGAGAGAAUCCAACACUUGGAAUCCAAAGCUGGAAUUGUUCCAAAUGUGCCAAAGUCCAUUAGAAUGGUGUUGAUCGGCCCACCAGGUGCUGGUAAGGGUACCCAAGCUCCAAACUUGAAGGAGAAGUUCUGUGCCUGUCACUUGGCCACCGGUGACAUGUUGAGAGCUCAAGUCACUGCCAAGACCCCCUUGGGUAUUGAGGCCAAGAAGAUCAUGGACGCUGGUUUAUUGGUGUCCGACGAGAUCAUGGUCAACAUCAUCAAGGACGAAUUGGAAAACAACAAGGAAUGUUCCCAAGGUUUCAUCUUGGACGGUUUCCCACGUACCAUUCCUCAAGCCGAGAAGUUGGACUCCAUGUUGGCUGACAGAAAGACCCCAUUGGAAAACGCCGUCGAAUUGAAGAUCGACGACGAAUUGUUGGUCGCCAGAAUCACCGGUAGAUUGGUCCACCCAGCCUCUGGUAGAUCUUACCACAAGUUGUUCAACCCACCAAAGAAGGAAAUGACCGACGACAUCACUGGCGAAUCCUUGGUCCAAAGAUCUGACGACAACGCCGAGGCCUUGACCAAGAGAUUGGUCACCUACCACAAGCAAACCGAACCAAUUGUUGAAUACUACAGAAAGACCGGUAUCUGGAGUGGUGUUGAUGCUUCCCAAAAGCCUGGUAAGGUCUGGACCGACAUCUUGAAGUGUUUAGGUCAAAAGUAA